UCUUGCUGGUUUAUUUGAUUCUCUCGGAUGAACUGGAAAUAACAGAGAAGGUUUGGAUUUAUCUGGAUAUAUACGCCAAUUCCAUUGUCUCUCAGAAAACAGCUCAAUAUAUAAGAAAAACAUCAAAAUUACUAGCUAAAAAGAUUGGAAGUCGGGAAUCUGUUCUACCUUUCAGCUUUAGCAAACUCAAAGAGAAGGAGAUGGAUCAACUAGAAAAUAUAUUUAACAGGUGGAAUAAAGAGACUAUAACUGAAGAUCAGAUGAAGCUUCUCUGGGGAAACAGAAAUAGAAAACUUCUGGAGGGAAGAUUUGAUGUUAUCCAGGGGAUAGCGGAGGGGGAUUUCUUGAUGGGUUUGGUAGAGCGGGGUGGUGGAUCUAUACAACGACAUCAGUAUAUAACAUGGAGAACAAUUGGCCUUGCUUUCAGGAUACCGGAUGUAGAGAGUAGUUUAAGUGAGGGAAAUAUUACCCUGUUGACUGGAAACCGAGAACUAUCUUAUGAAGGAGAUAUAAUUACAGGUCCUUUUAUUUCCCAUGGAAUGAUCAGCAACACAAAAUGGUCAGUUCAGGAUGAGGUUCCUGAUUCUAAAUGUUUUACAGAAGAAACUUUCAAAAGCCUGGAGACUGCUGUAAAAACUAUUUCCCUGGAUACAAAGAAAUCAUCAAUAACAUUAUUAAGUCCUGGCUCAGCUGGCAAGUUAAACUUUACAAAACUAGGAAUAGAGAACCUAUGGAUAGGUGUGAGUAUGACACAUAUAUUGGAAAAUAUUCAGGCUCAGGUGUGUAAAAAUCUGUGGCUGGAAACCCCUCUCUAUCUUCUCCAAGUUGAAACUAAACUAUUACCAGCAUUCAUUCAAAAGGUGUGUGAGAUGGCCUCCAAAUUUGGUUUCAAAUUUGAAAAACUCUUAGAAGAAUCAGAUCAGGAACUAGCUUCAGUCCUCAAGUUUUCCAAAAGUGAAUAAUGAUCAAAAACAUCAAUAAAAGGAUAGUUAAAAAAUAAAAUGUGUUUGUCUUCUGGUCUAUUUUACUCUCCUCUACUCAGUACUCUCGAGUCUCGACUGAUGAUUCUUUUUGGUCCUUGCGUUAUUUAUACAUUAUUGAUGACACAC